CGGGUACUCUGCACGCGGGCUGCAACUACAUUGUAGUGGCUACUGCCAAGCACGUUAGAUUUACAUUCAAUCAAUCUAAUUUUGUGUUUAAACUCAACAAAAAUGGCAGAUGCACAAGAGGACAAGCUUUACAAAGCUGAAUAUGCCAAAAGUGGACGUGCUUCGUGCAAGAAAUGCAAGGAAAACAUAGCAAAGGAUUCGCUGCGGAUGGCUAUCAUGGUGCAGUCGCCCAUGUUUGACGGUAAGGUGCCCCACUGGCACCACUUCUCCUGCUUCUGGCUGCGGGCGUCUGCCCAGUCUCCUGCAGACAUCACUGGAUUCUCUGACCUGCGAUGGGAGGACCAGGAGAAGGUCAAGAAGGCCAUCGAGACUGGGGGAGCUGCAGGAGGAAAAGGUGAUGUGAAGGGUGGGGCCAAAGGAGAGAAGACUCUGAAUGACUUUGCAGUGGAGUAUGCCAAGUCCAAUCGCAGCACAUGUAAAGGGUGUGAGCAGAAAAUUGAAAAGGACCAGAUCCGUGUAUCUAAGAAGACGAUUGACCCAGAGAAGCCCCAGCUGGGGUUGAUAGACCGCUGGUACCAUACCGCCUGCUUUGUGGGCCGCAGGGAGGAGCUGGUCUUCAAACCAGAGUACAGCGCCGCUCAGCUCAAAGGCUUUAACACACUCAGGGUGGAGGACAAGGAGGAGCUGAAGAGAAGGCUGCCCGCCGUCAAAUCUAAAGGAAAGAAAGAGACUGAUGAGGUAGAUGGAGAAGGGGAAUCGAAGAAGAAGAAGAAGGAUGAGGAGGAGAAGAAGAAAGUGGACUUGCAGAUGAAGGAGCAGAGUCAGCUGAUCUGGGGCAUCAAGGACAAGCUCAGGCAGUUCUGUUCCACCAACGACAUGAAGGAGCUGCUCAUCGCCAACGGACAGGAAGUGCCCUCUGGAGAGUCCAAUGUGGUGGACAGCCUAGGAGACUGCAUGGCCUUUGGCGCACUGAAGCCCUGUGAGGAGUGCCAGGGCCAGCUGGUGUUCAAGAGCGACGCCUACUACUGCACUGGAGACCUCUCCGCCUGGACCAAGUGUGUGUUCAAGACCCAGCUGCCCAACCGCAAGGGCUGGGUCAUCCCCAAGGAGUUCCAUGAGCUUCCCUUCCUCAAGAAGUUCAAGUUUAAGAGACAGGACCGGGUGUUCCCCAAGGUGGCCCCUCCCCCAGCCUCUUCUGCAUCCGCUCCCGUCCCCAGUGCCUCCAGUGCUCCCAGUAUACCCCUCCCAGAGGGGGCCCCUGCAGAUAAGCCUCUGACAGGGAUGAAGUUGCUGACUGUGGGCAAGCUGAGACAGAACAAGGACGAGCUGAAGGCUGCCGUGGAGGAGCUGGGCGGGAAGAUCACCGGCACAGCCAAUAAGGCUACUCUCUGCCUCAGCACCAAGAAGGAGGUAGAGAAGAUGAGUAAGAAGAUGGAGGAGGCAGAGGAGGCAGGUGUGCGCGUGGUCUCAGAGGACUUCCUUACUGACAUCAAGUCCUCGGGCAAGGCCCUGCAGGAGCUGGUCUCCCUGCACGCCAUCUCCCCCUGGGGGGCCGAGGUCAAAAUAGAGACCCAGGCUCAGUCAGCAGCCUCCAGGUCUGGAGCCAUGGCUGGCAAGAGCACCAAGAGGGUGAAGGAGGAGGAAGGUGUUAGCAAGGCCAGUAAGAAGAUGAAGCUGACUGUGAAAGGAGGGGCAGCAGUGGACCCAGACUCGUGUCUAGAGAACAGUGCUCAUGUCCUGGAUCAGAAUGGCAAGAUCUUCAGCGCUACGCUAGGUCUGGUGGACAUCGUCAGGGGAACCAACUCCUACUACAAACUGCAGCUGCUGGAGGACGAUGUGCAUAAACGGUACUGGGUGUUUCGCUCCUGGGGCAGAGUGGGCACCACCAUCGGGGGAAAUAAGCUGGAUAAGUUCCAUGAUAAGAACUCUGCCAUGGACAACUUCCUGGGUGUGUACGAAGAGAAGACAGGCAACGCCUGGGGCUCUUCCCACUUCACCAAGUAUCCCAACAGGUUCUACCCUCUGGAGAUCGACUACGGUCAGGAUGAGGAGGCGGUGAAGAGGCUGACAGCCAGUGCUGGCACAAACUCUCUGCUGGCCAAGCCUGUCCAGGAACUCAUCAGGACCAUCUUUGAUGUGGAGAGCAUGAAGAAGGCCAUGGUGGAGUUUGAGAUUGACCUCCAGAAGAUGCCGCUAGGGAAGCUGAGUAAGAGGCAGAUUCAGAGUGCCUACGCCCUCCUCAGUGAGGUGCAGCAGGCUGUGUCGGACAGUUCCUCAGAGUCCCACAUUCUGGACCUGUCCAAUCGCUUCUACACCCUCAUACCUCACGACUUUGGCAUGAAGAAACCACCGCUGCUCAGCAACCUUGACUACAUUCAGGCUAAAGUCCAGAUGUUGGACAACCUACUGGACAUUGAAGUGGCCUACAGUCUGCUGAAAGGAGGGGCCGAGGAUAACAAGAAGGACCCUAUCGACAUCAACUAUGAGAAACUCAAAACCAAGAUUGAGGUUGUUGAUAAGACCACAAAGGAGGCAGAGAUCAUUCUGCAGUAUGUCAAGAACACACAUGCUGCUACACACAACACCUACACACUGGAAGUUGAGGAGAUCUUCAAGAUCGUUAGGGAGGGAGAGUACCAGAAGUACCGCCCCUUCCAGGAUCUGCCCAAUCGACAGCUUCUGUGGCACGGAUCUCGUGCCACCAACUACGCUGGUAUCCUUUCUCAGGGUCUGCGUAUCGCCCCUCCUGAAGCCCCCGUGACGGGCUACAUGUUUGGCAAAGGUGUGUACUUUGCCGACAUGGUGUCCAAGUCGGCCAACUACUGCCACACCUCCCAGUCCGACCCAACUGGCCUACUUCUACUGGGAGAGGUCGCCCUCGGAAACAUGCAUGAACUGAAGAAGGCCUCACACAUCACAAAACUACCCAAGGGUAAACACAGUGUGAAAGGUUUGGGUCGAAACGCCCCAGAUCCUAGUGCCACUGUCACUUUAGAUGGGGUGCAAGUGCCUCUGGGAAAAGGAACCAACACCAACAUCGACGACACGAGUCUGCUGUACAACGAAUACAUUGUGUAUGAUGUGGCACAGGUGAACCUGAAGUACCUGCUGAAGAUCAAGUUCAACUACCAGAUGUCCAUGUGGUGAAUGGUGUUGUAGUUGACCACCACAGGCUCUCCAGAAGGAUCCAGCUGACCACCCACCGCUUCCAGCUCCCACCCCACAACAAGAGACAUUUUGAACCUUCCUAUCCUAAUGCAGUGUUCGGUUUUUCAUUUUGUAGUUUAAAAUCUUAGCCACUAUACAUAUGGCUUAUUGCAAUAGCGGAUAGCCUUAAAUAGGAUAGAUGUAUUGACCUUGAUAUGCACCUUAGUACCUGUUUGACUAUACGAGGUUGGUAUUGGUUAUUAAGACUGUGGAUCGUAAGGUCAGAGUUCAACAAUCAGAAUGGCUGAAUGAAGGCACCUGUGGAAAGAGAUUGUCAUUGCAAGAUAAGAAAAGCGGUAAUAUAACCAACACUGGUCUGUUAAAUGUUAGUUUUUUUUGUUUACUUGUGUACCCAUAGUCCAAGGUAGUAUUUCAGGUAAAUGCAAAGCUGUUUUUUAAAGUAAAAAAAAAAAUAUUACUCUUAACUGCAAUUUUUUAUCUAUGGUCAGUUUCAAGGGUUUCAACGGGCAUAAUGAGAUGUUUCCCAAUGAGUCAUUUCUCUUCACCCAGUCCACUCCAUUCCAGCCAAAAGGUAGUAGUUGGUAAAUCGGCACACCCUGUGAACACAUACAAACCAUGGAUGACACUUUACUAGAACUUACUAGUAAUAGAACUGUUAAGAUAAAUACUUUGUACACUGUUGGUAAGGAGUCAAUACUAAGUUUGACCUGUAUAAUAUGCUUUGUUUUUUUUCUAUAUGCUUUGUCUCAAUCCUUGUCAAGGUUGACCCUGUAAAAAAUAGGUUUGUGCUGACAGCAUUUAGUCCAUGUAUUCUAUAAAUAAAUGUUUGACUUGGAGUGGUGAGAGACUGUUGGUUUUGUUCUAUCCACUGUAUUUUUUUUUUCCCCCACCACUCAAAGCAUUUUGUAAAUCUUACCUUCUUACAAAUGGCAACUUUGAACUCCUGUAUUUCCAUUGUCUAAAUUACAAAUAUUGUUUGUUGCCCUUGUGCAAAUUCAACCCAUGGCAGGCAUUCUUGUCAUUACUUGCUUUAUGAUGUCUGGAGAAUUCAUGUUGGGAACUAAUUUGUCAUAAAACACCCCCAGUUGGCCCACUUACUUCAUUUGGGUGUGUCCUCUGAGCCUUGUGUUACGAGGGGGGGGUGGCACAGAGUUGUUUUCUUCUGCUUGUUGCUCUGCUGCUAAUAAAGGACUAGUAAAGGCCCA